CUUGACAUGUGCUUCUCAUUCAACCGCCGGCACUGUCUUUGAAUCCGAAAUUGCUGCUGCACUCGCCGUGAUCCCAUGGUCCUGUCGCCACCACAUAUUCCAUUGCUUGUGCUCGAAUCCCAUAUAUUGUCUAUCGGAGGUGUGCACAGCCUUGGCCUGGGCGUCCUAUGGGGCGUUUCUUGUCAUGAACCGUCGCACUGUGCUCCACCGCUCGACUCGUCACCGUUUCAGGCACCGGAAUUCGGACCUAUCGCAUCUUCAGAAACAGCGCUGCCUCGAGCAUACCCUUCGACAUGGCUCCGACGAUCGCCCCGAAAUUAUCCACAUGAUACCAUCGAUAAAUGGACGAAAUAAACCGCCACAAUAGUUGUAACUCUACCGCCUAUUCUGUGCCGCUGUCUAUCUAAUUAUCGUAUCGGAAAAAACUAUUGCACUAUAAUGAUGACUCAACUGAUCGCCAAUGAUUACCGCCGAAUCCUAACGCUAAUAGUAAGCACUCGAUAAUACCGAUGUCCUAAUGUGUGGAUGCAAAUAGAAUUUCCUACAUUGAAUUAACAAAGUCU